AUGUUGCUCGAGGAACAAAAAGGGGCUCUUCACCCGGACGUCAAGGAUCAGAGGUCCGAUCCAAAAGACAAGCCCUGUGACCCUGCGGUCUUUGACUAUGUCGUCAACACAGCUGAAUUGUCCUUUGCUGAACAGAAAACGGCUACAGCAAGGAUUUGUAAAGCCUAUCUAUACUUCAAGGACCGUCUUAACGCCUCGUAUCUUCCUUGGGGCUUGACGGGUAUGGCUGUUUCUGAAGUCUCGGUGGCCGUGCUCUCCGUAGGUACAGACACUUCCAACUUGAGGAAGGCAGACCCCAAAGGUCGGAGUGCCCUGUUGGCUGAUAUCCAGCAAGGAACUCGCCUACGGAAAGUCACGCAGAUCAAUGACCGCAGUGCCCCACAGAUUGAGAGCUCUAAAGGAACCAACAAAGAAGGAGGAGGGUCUGCAAACUCUCGAGGCGGAAGCACACCCCCAAGCCUGGGAGAUCUGUUUGCUGGUGGCUUUCCUGUGCUGAGACCAGCCGGCCAGAGGGAUGUGGCAGGUGGCAAGAUAGGGCAGGCCCCUGGCUCCCGAGCACCUUCUCCCCGGCUGCCCACGAAAGCUCUUGGUGGCCCGCUUAACCCCCCUGCAUCUCCCAGGCUAGGCAAUGCCUCAGAGGCUCAUGGCACCUUCAGGACAGUCCCUCCUCGCCCCAGCAUGCCUGCCCCACCGCCUCCCACCCUACCCCCACCUCCUCCACCCUUACCCCCACCCCUGCCCCCUUCCUCCCCCACCAAAGCUCCACUGGUGUCCCCACCUGGCCCGCCCACCAAAGGGAACACCCCAGGGGUUGCUCCCCCUCUCCCCUCUGCACCUCCCCCUCCUCCUCCGCCCCCACCCCCACCCCUCCCUCCUACCCCACCCCAGGCCUCCCUGACCUCUGUUCUCAGUGACAAGGCCUUGAAGCCUCAGCUAGCCCCCUUGCACCUGCCGCCCAUCCCACCCCCACUCCCUCUCCUCCCCCCUUGUGGGUAUCCGGGGCUCAGUGCAGAUGCUGCCAGCCCCACCCAAGAUGUUCGGGAGCCUCCUGCCCCACCGCCUCCGCCACCCCCACCCCCUCUUUAUGCCUCCUGUACCCCGAGGUCGUCUGUGCCUGCUCCUCCUUUGCCAGGAGCUAACAACAACAGUGAGGCUCCACUCCUCCCGCCCCCCAAGUCCCCCAGCUUCCAGGCCCAGCCACCCAAGUCCAGUGCACAGGCCUUGCCGACACCGCCAGCCCCUCCAGGAUCGCAGCCAUUCCUGCAGAAGAAGAGGCCCGGCCGAGGCCCAGGGACCAGCGGAGGGAAGCUAAAUCCACCCCCAGCACCCCCUGCGAGAUCACCCACCACAGAGCUUUCAAGCAGAAGCCAGCAGGCCCCAGCCUGGACCCCAGCACAGCAGCCGGGAGGUCAGCUGCGCAACGGAAGCCUGCAUAUCCUCGAUGACUUUGAAUCUAAAUUCACGUUCCAUACCAUGGAAGACUUUCCUCCUCCAGAUGAAUAUAAACCAUGCCAGAAGAUUUACCCCAGCAAGAUCCCCAGAAGCCACACGCCUGGUCCCUGGCUGCACACGGAGGCCACAGGGCAGAGCUCGGAUGACAUCAAAGGCAGAAAUUCUCAGUUAUCACUAAAGACACUCCGGUGAGAAGACAGAGGAAGCCAAUGUCCCGUGAGCCGCCUGGGGGUCCACAUCGCCAGAUGGGCUUCCCUGGAGAACGUGUCUGGCCUCGCCAUACUUAAGUUGCAAUUCAUUUAACAUGCAAGCUCUGAGUGGAGCAUUUAUUUAUUGUAAAUACGUGGUUUGCACAGGCUUUAAAUCAGUAUGACAGCUCUUAUUUGCAUAAUUAAAAAAAACACACCCAUAUUAUGUUUCUCAAUUUUCCAAGGAUGCAUCUUGGCAUUCAUCCAUCAUACCGAUAGCGCCCUGUCCCCGCCCCAUGGUGUCCAUUCCGUGACUGUAAAUGAUGUGUUUGGCCUGGCCCUUCCUAGAUUCUGAACCAUUUUUAGAAGAUUCCCUCGUUUGCAAGUAGUCCCAAAGUCAUAGUCCCCACAGCGGCUUCUUAUCGGCCUAAUUCUAUAUUCUCCUCACACACACACUGCAAAAUCAAACCCAGUAAUGCCUUAUAAACGUUGCAGCUCAGAGAGAGCAGUGUGUCCCCCCACCCAGAUAAGGCCACACAGCCUCCGGUGAACGAGAUGCCAUGUCUCGCUUCCGUUUUGCAGUACAGGGAUUUUUUUUUCUGCCUCAUGUAAAUAUGACCCAAAAGAAAGGCAAGAGUGGGCUUGGCCCCUCCGAUGCCAAGCACAGUGCCCUUUUGUAACAGAAAGCUCCUACAAGUAGCCAACGCCCUUCCUGUUUACAGUGCCCCCGGUGCCCACGUGCCCCUGGCUUUCCUCAUG